AAAUACUCUGCACUUCAGUUGGGAGAAGGCUGCAUUCAUAGAGCUCAGGCGAUGCUGGAUUUCAGCAUCAAUGUAGCCCCUUUUGGAAAGAUAACUGCCCAGGAUAUAGGAUCUCUUCAUCCCAUGUGAUAAUCGUCCACAAAGAUUCCACUUCAGUGAGAUGGUAGAGGAAAAGGAAAACAGGAUGGAUGGCUUGGCUGAGCAGAAGAAUGUCCUCAAGCACACCAAAGCAGCUGAUGCCAAGAAGAGGAAUGGGCUGAUUAACACCAGAAACUUGAUGGCUGAGGGCAGGGAAGGUUUGGUGUCUGUGUACCCCACCCCCCAGUAUCAGAGUCGGCAGAUUGGUACUCUCUACUCUCCAGGCUACCCACGGAAUGACCCGGUGCAACAACUCCUUGACCCCAAUACACUACCACAGACAGUGGAGUCCCGCUACCACCCGAAUAUCAUCCUCUAUUCGGAAAGCAUGCUGCGAUCGUGGGGAGAGAGUGUGAGUGCGGAGUGCUGUGAAACCACCUUCAUUGAGGACAGGUCACCCACCAAAGACAGCCUGGGAUACUCUGAUGGCAAAUUUGUUAGCCUCUCCACGGAUGAGAUCAAGAUCCAUACCCUCUCCUAUGAAGUGGAAGAAGAGGAUGACUUCCAGGAAGUAGAGAGCGAUUAUUCAAGUGACACCGACAGUGAAGACCAUUUCCUUAUGAUGCCGCCUCGGGACCACCUCGGACUCAGCGUGUUCUCCAUGAUCUGCUGUUUCUGGCCACUGGGAAUUGCUGCCUUCUAUUUGUCACAUGAGACAAACAAAGCCAUUGCUAAAGGGGACUUCCACCAUGCCAGCUCCAGUUCACGACGAGCCCUCUUCCUGGCUGUGCUGUCCAUCACUAUUGGAACAGGCAUCUAUGUGGGGGUUGCCGUGGCGCUUAUAGCGUACCUGUCCAAAAACAAUCACAUAUGAAACUCAAAGAAGUGGACUGCUGUGGAAAGCCACAGGAGGCCAUGACAUUUCAAAUAUCACUUGUUUUGAUGGUAAGAAGGGCUGCUGUAAUUUUGUACGAUUUGAAUUCUGAAGAAGAAUGUUCAGGAUCUAUACACCCCCUUCUCUUCACUUUGAAUGUUGGCAGUACAGUCAUUGCAAGAAGCCAAGAAAUGAUGCUGGUUCUUUCCUGAGAGCCAGGUAUACGUCUUCAGAGCUCGUUGCUGUCCUGAGCUGGAACGAACCCAAAGGGAGCUCUGUCGCAUAUAUACCCUUGAACAUGAGGUUCAUCUGUCAAAAGGGGAGAGGCAUCUGAAUGUAGAGACCUAAAGCUCUACACAGCUGACUGUUUCCUACAUAAGAAAGGCGAUUCCUCUCUCGGCUUUGGAUGAUUGAGAAGAUGAAACAGCUGGUUCCGUGCAUAUUCAUGACCAUGGCUCAAAUAUUACCUGCAAAGUGAAUGUCAUAUAGGAAUAGCAGGAGCCCUAUAGGAAAAGAACAAACUCAAAAUGAGACGUUCUUCUGGUCCAUCACAUCCAGAGGUGAGGCAAAAUGAGGUGGCUGCCUGAGGGCAACCGAUUUGGGGUGUUGAACUCAUGGAACAAAGCUGUUGUGAAAGCUUCCUGUGCAAGCUGCGUUGAAACCAAAAUGAGGUGUGCAGAAGUACAGUCAUGUUCUUGUGCAGCUCCUGUUCAUUUCAGUGGAGCUUACAUUGAGCUUCUUGGUGCAUUGCUAACGAGAGGAUUUGUCCCUCUCAGGUGCCAAAGUGUCUUGGGCUGGCCCUGAUCCCACUCUGAAAAUGACUGGCUUGCAAAGCAUGCAGCUCAUUCUGGCAGCAUCUCUCUUAACAAAGGGGGCCUCUCCUGCAACUAAAUAUAAGAAGCCUGUCCACAGAUUUCAUGACAAGGCAUGGAGUUCCACAUCACAGCAUGGACCAAGAGGUCUGGUCACAGGACCCUGGAGUGUCAGCCUGAUGGCACAAACCUUCAUUCUUGGUUUAUGGACUUUCAGUCAUGCUGUGAUACAUUCCCCAUUCUCUAGUUGCGAUGUUCGCCUAAAAUAAACUCAAGUGGGCAAUGGGCAUAUUGAAAAGAAUUAAUAUUAAAAAUCAACUGAAAAUAAUAUUUAUUUUGUGUAUUACUGUGCUUCUAUUUCUUUGAUGUUCUUCUGAUCUCCUGAAGCAACAUCUUACCUAGCAUUUUGCAGAUUUCUGUGAAACCACUCGUUGCAAUGAACCAUUGUAUUUAUCUCUAUUUAUUGCUUUUAAUCAAGGCUGUUAAUCUAAGGUCCUGUUAACACUGAAUUUGUUUAUUUUCCAUUUUUAAAAAGUGCCGCUUGAAAUUAAAGGGCAUACAGAAGUGGAACUAUUUUUGUGCAAGUUUAGGAAGUUCAUUAAAAUAUAAGAAAUGCA